AUGGCGAAUAUACAACUGAACACUCUUAAGGAGUGUCUCCAGUUCCUGGAGUGGUUGAGGCAGGAUGCUAAUAUGCGGGCCCAGGUGGCAACUGUGCUGCACGGGCGUAUUAAGAAUUAUUAUAAGGGUAAAAACACAGAACAUGACAUAAAACAGUCAUUAAAUCACUUUCUCAAUAACGUGUCGGCUUUUUAUACGAGAUUAUGCUACAAUCCGGACGCGGGCAAAUAUCGCAACCAAAACCCCAAUGACAUUGUCAACACUCUGUUGGAAUGUCUCCCCAAAUUCCUCGCCGCUAUGUAUUAUCUAUGGUACUGCGUAAAUCCGACUUUCGAUAAACUCGGCGGCGGCGGGUGGAAACACGACUGGCCUGGUGGAUCGGCGUCUUGGGCGGGUGACUAUGGCGGUGAUCUUGACAAGUAUCUCCAAGCACAAUCCAACGAAACAAAAUACGGCGGUAUGAUGCCCGGAGGCUUCGCGUAUGGAGACAUAAAAUACAACAAAGCCAGUGGUUACUACCAGGGUUAUAACAUGGCUGUGGGCCUUGAGAACAUUUUGAACAAAUAUCGCAACAUGCACAAUUUUUUCAGCGAUAUCUUUGUCACUUCUACGUUGUCCACUGCUGGCAUACAUAAGGUUAACGCUGGUAACGCCGUUGCAUUGGUGGGGACGUUUUGCGGGAUUGUAAAACAAAAAGAUGAAAGUUUUAGAAACAAUGUAGAAUCACCCGGCAAACCUAUAUGUUGGCAGGACUUAAUAAAGCAUUGCGCACAUCUUCAAAGACAAUUUGGGAGGAUGUUCACCAAGAAACGCUUUGACCACACCGGACAGUCGCCAGAAUCUAGAAAGCUUAACGAAGCGAUAUUUGCAAAAGAAACGGCAAAUUGGUUUCGGAUAAAUCUCGACAACGUGAAGAGAACCUUGGAGGGAAUUAAACCGUAUUACGGGGAUCUGGGGGGAUAUUUCACCCACAAUCUUUUCCCCUACGGAUUCACGUUUUUUAGCGAUCAUCGUUACACAGCUCAGAGCAAGGAUGUGGAAACUUUGAAAAACGAUUGGAACACUGUCAUUGGUGAGCUUAAGAAAGAGGGUGAUGGUUUGGCCAAACUUAAAAAAAUUUUGGAAGGUGAGUAUAGAGUUUCGUGCCCAGUGAGGCCUCCACCAGAACCAGCGGUUCCGUCUGCCAAGCUCCCCAACUCCCCCAAACAAGUUAUACCGGAGAAUAAAUCGUCGCCUCCAACUGAAACUAAAUCCACUACAACAAAAGCUAAGUCACCUCAGGGUAAAAAAGCCAACGGAGCUCCAAAUCAAGGCACUACAGGGAAUGGACAGCAGAACCCAAAAAGCAGUAAUAAUGCAUCUCAAAAUCAAAAUAGAGGUCAAAGUGGAGGAAAGCCUCCAACUUCAUCAACUACCACAACUUCUCCAUCUCCGCCUAUCGGUAGUGCAGGAGCUCCAGGGCCGGCAGGGCCUCAAGGUGGGAGAGGAAAUAAAGGGCCUGAUAGUACCACGUCUACAACAUCUACACUAAAAAAUACAGUGUCACCGCAACAGCCUUCUUCACCGCAACCAGUGCAUCCAUCUCCAGCCUCUCCCACCGGUCAUCCUGCAGGCACUGGCUCCCCUGGUCAGUCAGGUGGCGGGAGUGGGAGUUCAAAUGGCGGUGGUGCUCCGGGUCAAAAGGCUGCCGCCUCUCCAGCUCCGAAACCUCAGACUCCCAGUGAUACAAGUUCACGCCCUCAGUCAUCUGUUGUCCCUGCUCCGGGUGGUGUCCCUAGCACCGGUAGUGGCCAUGGUCUUCCUGGAGCUGUUCAACCGGGUGGUAAUGGGCGGGGUAAUGAUACGCAGGGCGGUGGUCUUAAAACUCAACAGCCUGCUACCUCUCCACAGAAUCUUACCACUCAGCUUUCAAGUGUUCAACCUGAGAGGUCUGGUACACCUGGUGCCUCUGCUCCCGGUGCUGGUAACGGUGGUGUCCCCGGUUCCAGUGGUGGUACGGGGCCUAGUUCUAGCACCACUCAACAAAAUGGUCGAGGUACACCGCAAGCUCCCACCACCGCUACUACUACGACAACCACUGGUUCGGGUGCUGGUUCAGGUGGCGGCGGCGGGGUUGGCGGAGCUGUAAGUUCACCGGGGACGGCAGGGAAGGAUCAGGGGGCUGGUAAUUCUCAGAUUCAGAAAAAGUGCCCUGAAGGCAAGUCACUUAUGAGUCUAUGGCCUGAUGGCCCCGAGUACUGCGUACCGAAGUAUGACUUUAAUGACCCUAAAACAACCGACCCCGUAUGGGACAAAGUCAACGAAAAAUUGCGUGAUGAAGACAUUCAAAAGACUGUAGAGAGAAAUAUACAAAAACAAAAUUCACAAAUGCCGCAUCCUCCCAGACGCCAAACAAGGCCUGACAAUCCUAAUGCCGUACUACCAGCUCAUUCUAACAGUCGCCACCCUGGUCCUCAACAUCACCCCAUCGAUCCAUUGAGAAGCGGUGACGUACAGGUGGAUGCGAUUGAUGUACCCACACCGGUUCUUGGUGGCAACAUUAUUAAACCUAAGUCACAACAAUUUCCUCCAUAUGAUCUCGAUGCGUUAACGGGGAUCACAGUCAGCGUAGCCCCUGAUCUAAAGCUACAGUCUUUCAAUGACAUACAAAAUAUGAAUGCAUCACACAAUAAAAUGAGUACGAUAAGGGAUCGUUUGUACAGUAGAAGUCACAUGCGUGUUGGUAAUGUCGACAUCUCUCGCCCAUCUCCACCUAUUUCCGUAGAAAUCACAAAAGCUGUGAGUGUAGAUAAGGACGAUAUUAAGAAGCCGUUGAUGGCAGGUGGUUACCCACUGGCGGCAUUAGACGUUCAAGGAGAGGUGCUACACGGUUUUGACGAUUCAUUGGCCUUCGAAUUAAGCGGCGAAGAGAUUCCGGAGGAAUCUGACCAUAUAUUGCAGAAAGAGAUAUCUGCGCAGGCACAAUGGCAAGAGAUGCAGAAAAGUGACAUGCUUACAGGUAUUCAAAGAGAUAUUACGCAAUCGGCUAAGCGUUUGGAUGAAGGUGCCGUGUUCGUGUCAGGUGAUAAAAUCGAAUUCCCACAACCUGCAGACAUGGUAGGUAGAGUUGUGAAAAAUAAUGCUAACUCUGAGUUGAAGAGAAUGCAGGAGGCACAGAAAUAUAUUCGUUCAAACGACUUUGCAGUCACUGGUGAUAUAAUUCCCAUUCCAAAUAUUCCACCUAAGCCCCUUCCGUUACUCCCCGCCAUUGGCAUUCCGGCCGGCAAACCAUUAAAAGAGGCCAAGCAAAUAUCGCCCUUACCGCCGCUGCCGUACCCACUCUCCGUUCCUGCCAUUGCUUCUGAGCCUGAAGGCAUUGAUCUGACAAAACAGAAACGUACCACGGAACGUACGCCCGUGAUACUCCCGGAGGUCAUCCCUCCUCUCACUGGGCAGCUUGACGUCCUACCCAUGGAAAAUUCAACCGACUUUUUCGGCACCCCAAUUGUACAGACACCAAGUCAUAUCCCAACAGUCUACAUUCCACAAGACAGUGCUUUCGAGACCUUUGUGCCGUCGGAACCAACAGGCGAUCCCAUUGCUGAUCCCAAGACAAAGCCUCCGCGGAAAUCCCUCACUCCGGUAGAAAUCGAAGCUCAUCCAGGGGUAAUGAUUGAUGAACCGAUAUGUCAGCUGUAUUCCCCAGAGUUGGUCACAAAAAAGGUUCCUAGCACUGAUCACAGUAUACCGCCGCCCCGAACUCUUCGUGAGAUGCUGUGCUGGAUCAGCGAUUUGCCGCAUGCCCUGGGAUAUGCCGAUUUAAUCAAUCACCUUGCGAAUUCGUUUGAGGGUUCUGAAUCAAUAGAUGUUUCCCCAGAAUCUAUUUCAUCGGAGGAUGUCACCGAAGCUUUGUCCGAGACCUGUGGCCACGCGAGCUCCGUGCUGGCAGGUAUCCAAGAGCCUGUGCCCAUUGACCUUAACAAGUUGCAUUAUGAACGCUACGGCGCUCCACUGAUGUACUACUCUGAAGACCCCUACACGCUUCUAUGCCAAUUGCUGAGCUACGUCUACGCCACUUAUCAUCAGUUAUCGUUUUUGCGCACUCAGUGCCGGAGGGAGUCCCACCAGGGUGGAUGGCGUGACUGCCAGUACGGUAAAAAUGUAAAGGCAUCUUAUUCGCGGCAGUGCACCGAAGAUCCAUUAGACCCCAUGAAAUUACAAGGUCACGGCUGUAAUCCAUCCCCGCUGCAAGGUUUUCUCACUGACCAGUCAGAUCUCUCCACCUACUGGUAUCAGAGGAAUGAUGUAUGCCGAAGGAGCCGCAUUAAAAUGGGUUUCGUCGCAAAGAAUUUUCGUAAUGAUUCGAAGCACGGAUUUUACAUCUACAACUUUUUGACUGGGGCGUGUUAUCAGAAUCACGACCCACUCGAGAAGCUAUGCAGAUAUCUUGUCUGCCUCACCAAGAGGACACCGCGUACGACAGGGGAGCUUGUGUCGUUCUUCCAUCAUUUCGGUAAUUCACUUCAUGAUGUGUAUUCAAAUGAAUUGUUGUCACUGGGAUCAUCUCUCACCAGGUCACAUGCCGACUGCCCCGACUGGGACCAUCUCAAGAACUCUGACCUUCAAGCUGUCAAGGGCAUCCGUGGUUCCGAGUCUCUCAACGUCAUAUCCAAAAACAACCACAACCACAACCACGACAAGGAACAUCCCCGUACCCUGUCCAUGCUGCUUGGAUGCAGCGAUGACCAUAAGAACUGCCCUCCACACUGCUCGCCCAUCACCUACCGGGCCUACGCCCUGUACUCUCAUGCCUUCGCCCACACCUACCUCAGCUGGACGGUGUACCUGCCGGACAGACUGUUGGAGUCACUUGAAAAAUUGCACUACGAGCUCAAGAAGCACGUUAGUAUCAAGUGUUCAUCCCUCCACUCAUGCCCAGAUGUCCUGCCCCUCCUCUACACUCACGGGUUCACGCCGCCGGAGGUGGGAUCGCAGGUGUCACUCACAUGUUCAGAUGUCAUUUGUGAGCUUAAGGAUGUGAUCACCGGCAAGCCUAUCGCAUCACUCAUGACUGCCAUGGACGAUUUCCUCUACAACAUCCGGGAGCCGUUCAUCUUCACUCUCGUCGCACUGUGGUCCACAGCAUUACUCAUCUUCGCCAACACGAUGCUGUACCGCCUGGACGUGCUCCACAUCCGAUCACACCUUAUUCGCACCAAGGCUUCCCACCACAUCGACGUCAAGGCCUUACUCACUAAAGGACGGAAGAUGUUAUCACUUUACAAAGACGUCGACUACUUCGACGAGGACCCUAUUGGUCAACUUGUUAUUUAA